UCUAUGUGGUAUAUUGUUGGAUCAUGCGCGUUUGAUCAUUUACAAUUAUACAUUUAUUAAAAGGCUGCUUCUAAUACUCGAAGGCUAGAUGAUUAAUUAACACGAACACUAACGUCCAUAUACGAAACGUGUACUGACUGUUGAGAAGGAAGUUCAUCUAUAACUGAAUUGUAUACAGCGUUCUACGUUCCCUGUCAAGUUCAUCAUGCCGAUAAGCGUAUCGUGUUACACAAUUACAGAGGCUUAGGAAAUAUCCGCAUAUACUGAUAAGAAUAACGAUCGGGUCAAGGAUGGCUAAGAAAUUCGCGAUAAAAUGCAAUUUAGCGAUUCGUUGAAUCUAACCACAGACUUUGUCGUGACACCAUUGCCCAAAGGGGCGCGUGGAGAGAUUAGGAUGUCACAGGUACCUGUAAACGUGCCACCCAAUAACAACCAUGUCUCAAACAAUAAGGGAAGUGAAAUGGAACAUUUGAGGAACCAUAGCUCUGGUCGUUUGGCCACCGAGAGUGUUAGGGAUGGUCGCGUGUUGGUCCUUUACACCGGUGGCACGAUUGGGAUGAUCAGAAACGAGAAUGGAGUUCUUGUACCUAAGUCGAACGCUUUCGUGAAGAAAUUGCGCAACUAUCCUCACAUGCAUGAUAAAGAGUACGCGGAUGAACGUUUCGGAUCUAUGGGACCGUUAGUACUCCCGGUGACAUCGACGGAUAGUCGACGCGUUGUGUAUAAUGUAUUGGAAUAUUCGCCGCUUUGCGACUCCAGUAACAUGACAAUGGACGAUUGGAUUCGUAUCGCCAACGAUAUCAAGCAAUCCUAUGAACAUUUCGACGGUUUCGUCGUUUUACACGGAACGGACACGUUAAGUUACACCGCGUCUGCCUUGUCAUUCAUGCUCGAAUCUCUAGGCAAGAUAGUUAUUUUAACCGGCUCCCAGGUACCGAUCUUCGACACGAGAAGCGACGGCCUGGAUAAUUUCUUGUCGUCUCUAGUAAUAGCCGCGAAUUAUAACAUACCGGAAGUCUGCGUAUACUUCGGGACAAAUCUGAUGAGAGGUAAUCGUACGAGCAAAGUAUCGGCAUCGUCGUUCGAUGCGUUUCAUUCGCCGAAUUGUCCUUCUCUGGCGAAGGCUAACAUCAAAGUGGAAGUGGACUAUCGAGCAAUAUUUCGCUCCUGCACCCUGGAGAAAUUCUACGUCCAUGCAUCACUGAACAGGAACGUCGGCUUGCUUCGUAUAUUUCCUAGCAUAACCACGCACCUGGUGAAAGCAUUUCUGCAACCCCCGAUCGAAGGUGUCGUCUUACAAUCGUACGGAGCAGGAAACGUGCCGACGAACCGGGAGGACAUAAUUAAAGAACUGAGCGCGGCUACGAAACGCGGUAUAAUCAUCGUCAAUAUCACGCAAUGCACGACCGGUUGCGUAUCAGACACGUACGAGCCUGGAAAAUUACUGGAGGAUGCUGGUGUAAUAUCCGGCUUUGACAUGACACCUGAGGCUGCAUUGACCAAGCUCGCGUACGUAUUAUCAAAAAAGGAAUGGGAUAAUGAAACGAAGCGUCAAAUGAUGCAAACGAAUUUGCGCGGAGAGUUAACCGCUGGACGAUCACCGUCCCUUCAGGAUCUGGAUCUCGUCGAGGCGGUCGCGAGAUCUUUGAAGCUCUCUUCUACGGCAGAGCUUCAGGAAUUAGGCUCCAUACUUUUCCCUGCAAUGUUAAACGCUGCUGUACUUGGUCGAGACGUAGUCAAACUCGAAGCAUUAAAGGAAUACGGCGCAGAUAUCUCCCAGCGAAACGCAGACGGUCGCACCGCGUUGCAUAUCGCUUGCUGCGAAGGAUAUCUGAAAGUCGUGCGUUGCUUGCUGCGAAUGGGUGCGAAUGUGCAUAUCAAGGAUCGUUUCGACCGUACACCUCUUACAGACGCUAUCGAAUACGACCAUCACGAGGUCAUUAAGGUGCUGAUGCAGUGCGGCGCCCACUUGCACGGAAGUGCGCACGUGAUAGGAGAAAAGAUGUGCGCCGCAGCCGCUGUUGGAAACGUGAAACGUCUCGAGUCUUAUCACUUAGCCAACGCGGAUCUUUCUCAGAAAGAUUUCUCUGGAAGAACACCGUUGCAUCUUGCAGCUCUGCACAAUAAAGUGCAAGCUGUCAAAUUCUUAUUGGAACACGGCGCAGAAACGGGCAGCGUUGACAAAAUAAAUCAAUCUCCGUAUAACUUAGCUGUAACUGUAGAUUCCGUCGAAGCAGCCUCGUUGUUGUUACCUUCUGAUGCAUCGAAUCCAUCGGACAAGGUGACUCAACUAAUUGGAGCGAACACAGAAGCUCGUCUGACGAAUCCUUGAUCCUUGCCAGCAGUUUUUGUACGGGGACCAGCCCACCCUCGGCAACUAGGAAAUUCUGUUUUCACGAGUGAAAUUAACGAACCU